AACGGACGCGCAGGAGCGGCAUCGGGCAAUUCGAGACAUCCCGUAGCUCAGACGCCGGAGACGACGACUGCGAGGAAGAGAUGACGGUAUUCCACUUCCUGAACUGCGCCAUCCUCACCUUCGGGCCGCACGCCGUCUACUACUCCGCCACCCCUCUGUCAGAGUAUGACACGAUUGGCACUAGUGUAAAAGCAGCUGUUGUUUAUCUUGGAGCAGCACUUGUAAAGCUUGUGUGUUUGGCAACAUUGCUCAAAGUACCUGAUGCGAAUGAUAGCUUUGAUCCCUAUCAGGAAUUAAUGAAAAUCCUAAUUGGGUUUAUAGAUGUUGCUGGCCUUUAUUUUGCUUUGACACAGCUGACCCACAGAAACAUCUCCCAGAACCACAAGUUCCAGGCUGUUGGCCUUGGCUGGGCUUUUGCUGACUCAGUUCUGCACCGGCUGGCACCUCUCUGGAUUGGGGCAAGAGGACUUGAAUUUACUUGGGAGUACAUAUUUCAAGGACUUGAAGCAAAUGCCAAUCUUGUGAUGACCCUCUCCCUUGCUGCAUUAGGAUCCUUGAUGUGGCUAAGGAAGAACAAACCUAGGACAUUAAUUCCAAUAAUUUAUGCAUGUGCCCUGCUUCUGGCAACAAUGCCAUCUAUCACCAGUUACUUGAGGAGAUCAUUAGAGUGGCAGACUCCCAAGGUGGUUGGAUUCGAGCUAUUUUCCUCACUGGUUAUGGCUUUCAUCAGCUGGCAGCUGUUCUCGGCUUGUCAGAGACCUAUGUAACGACGUGCAAAAGUGCAGGAAAAUUUACCGAAGAUUUUAUGCUCCUGAGAUGCCUUGUUGUAAUUUGGCAAAACCAUAGGUGUGCGAUGACAAUUCUUGGGGAGGUGCAACUUCAGAACAAUUUACUUAGAAUUAUUUCUUUGUCGGCUAUUUAGUGCAGAAACACAUGAUCCUAUGAGCGCUACUGUAACAGAUGUUCUUGUAGUGAUUGAGCAAAAAACGUAGUACCUUCUCCCCUCUUGCACAUCAAAUUCUGCCCAAUGACAUUGCACCAUCUAGACUGAAGCUAAGACAUUCGCUUAUGUCGUCAGAUUGUAAAAAUGCAUCCUUGCAUAUAUGCACCGUUAUACGAACUAUUGACUGAUUGUCUUGCAAAA